AUGACCGAGUACCUGCCCAAGACGAAUCGCACGUACAAGGAGAAGAGCUACUGGGACUCGCGCUUCGAUAGUGAAGAGUCGUACGACUGGCUGGUUCGCUUCGAAAACGUGGCGGAGUUACUUGCCAAGUAUGUGCGUCCAUCAGACCGCAUUCUAGUGGUCGGAUGCGGCAACUCGACGUUCAGCAUCGACAUGUACAACAGCGGCUUCCACCACAUCACCAACAUUGACUUUUCCAAGACUGUCAUUGAGCGCAUGAGCGCCAAGUACAGCAAGGAGCUGCUCGAGAUGAAGUGGAUCGAGGCGGACAUGACCACGUUGAGUAACGUCUUUGCACCUGGAAGCUUUGACGUGGUCAUUGACAAGGCUGCUAUGGACGCGCUCAUGUGCGACGAAGGCGACGUCUGGUCGCCCUCGGAAGUGGUGAUCAAGCAGGCUGCUGCCAUGUGCAGCGGCAUCACGUGCGUACUGGCGCCUCAGGGCACCUUCCUGCAGAUCUCGUUCGCGCAGCCGCAUUUCCGCAGACGCUUCCUGCUGGGCGAGGGCGAGCAAGCGCCUACUAGCACGGCGUACGACUGGGACUAUUCUUACCACAACAUCGACGUUGGUCUCGGAUACUUUUUCUACGUGCUGCAAAAGUGCAGCCAUGAGUGUGUAGCCAACCCAUCACCGCCUCAAUAG